AUGGCGAUCGAGGUGACGACACCGAUUCUGGCUACCGUAACGAGCACGGGAACCACCAGCAGCAACAGAAGCAGCAACCUGGGCGACCAGUGUACCAGGGACGGGGACUGCGUCGCAAACAUCCUCGGGAGCCAUUGUCAGCUCGGUUAUUGUCGCUGUUUGCCCUAUUUUGCCACGUAUAAUAGAACGCACUGCCUCGAGGCGACUCUUCUGGGCCAGGAGUGUCUCGUCGAUGAGCAAUGCACCUUGAAAGUAGCCAACAGCAUUUGUUUGGAUGGUUUCUGCGGUUGUAACGAAGGUUUCCUUCAAUUUCGUCGACACACGUGCCUAGGUCCGGCGAAACUCGGCCAAUUUUGUUACGAGCACGCCCACUGUCGACUAUGGCAGGAAAAUUCGCACUGCGAUUUCUUGAUACCAGACUUGUUCGGCCGUUGCCAAUGCACGGCACCGAUGCGACGCGAAAACGACAUUUGUCGACCGGACGAUCUGGUCAGGCCUUCGCCGCUCUUCGAUCACGCCUGGACCCUCGGACAAACCACGUUAGCCGAGAAUCCAGAGAAGCAGGAGGAGGAAACAGGAGUUCAACUCGCUUGGCUGAAAAAUGCCUCUUCCUUAGUGACUUCGUCUAUCCUAGUGAAUUUAAUCACCGAGUCAACCGAUAAACCAUUCUCAUCGACGGAGAUUAAUCAUAAUGAUCGAGAGGACGAUGCGAUCGUCGUGGAGGCUGUCACCCAGACAGCCAGCAGCCCGACGGUGUGGACGUCAGUAUUAGCUUCGAAAACGAACCGUCACGAGGGGAGCAUGGGAGGAACAAUGACACCGGUCACUCUAGGAUACGCCUGCGUCUCCGACGGCGAAUGUCGACUAGCGGAUCCGUAUUCGAGAUGCAUCGAAGGAGUGUGCGAGUGCGGGUUCGAAGGGAACGCUAGCUGUACCGCGAAGAACACCGGUUGCGCGGUUGGAACGUUCCAGUGCAGAAGCACCGGGGUUUGCAUCAGCUGGUUUUUCGUGUGCGACGGCAGGCCAGAUUGCGCGGAUGGCUCGGACGAAGCGUGUUCUGAGGGGGAAUCGCGAUGCCCGUGGCAAGCGUUCACCUGCGACAAGAGUAAAAUUUGCGUGUCGAGGGCGAUGCUCUGCGACGGACAUCGCGACUGUCCACACGGCGAGGAUGAGCUGGGGUGCAACGACCGACGAAAAUGCCCGGGUGGAGCGUUCAGAUGUAACAGCGGGCAAUGCUUGCCGGCGUACGAGUUUUGUAACGCCGUGGUAUCCUGUCGAGAUGGAAGCGACGAACCAAGGGGAGCCUGCCGAACGCGUAACCGUACAAGACUCAGCUCCAGGCACUGCCCCUUUAGGUGCGACAACGGCAGGUGCCGAUCGGACGCGAUCGCCUGCAGCGGCCGCGACGGUUGUGGCGACGGAUCCGACGAGAAACGUUGUUCCGUUUGCAGAUGUUCACCGUUCCCUUAACCUACAUCAACGGAGAGGCUCUUGGAAGAAAAGACUGGUGUGGUCAUUGUCGUUGUUGCCCUCAUUGUCGCGUCGAUCCACAGGGAGAAGCUCUUCCACCUAUGGCAAACGGGUUGGGAAACACGUUUAUAUCUUUUCCCCCGAUUAUCGUUCCCCCCUUUCACGCAUCCGUUUGUAUCUUUUGAUACGCAGCGACGAUUCGAAUAAACACACGAAUCUGAAAAAUUCUUCGUUCUCACCGCACGUGCACUUUCUGCUUGCCACUCAUCCUUAACGAUCCCUCUAGAUGUAACGAAAUUCCCUGCAGAUGCAGCCAUUCGAUUCGAAAUUGGUGGAGAUGUGCGCAUCUGCGCAAAGCAAGCCAACAUGUCGGAAGUGUGGCGCGCGUCGAUAGUUAACCGCUCCCU